AUGGGGGAAGGGACGUCAUGUGUGGAUUCAGUGAAAGUCCAGGAGGAGGGCGGGAUAGACCAAAGUCUGGGAUUUGUGGAAGGGAGGAAACAGGUUGGGAAAAUCGUGACCGCUGGCCAACUGUCAUUGUGUUCUGAGCGACAGAGUCCUCAGCUUGGCAUCACCAGGCCCUCACCUGGGGUGCUGACGCACGGGGAGAUCUCAGGACCAGCAGAACCAAGGGCGGAGGCCAACUCCCAGCCUCUGUCCACCAGCCCAAAGAGGAAGAGGAACUCGUCAUCAGAUUCUGAGGAUGACCUGGCAGAGCUGCUGGACCCUGAGCCGGUGUGGUCCGUGGAGACACUGUGUGGGCUCAGGAUGAAGCUGAGGAGGAGGCGCGCAUCUAUAGUGAGGCCUGAAUACCACAAGGUCUUCACCAGGCUGCUGGAGGAUCCUGUGGUGAAAAAAUUCCUGGCCUGGGACAAGACGCUGAGAGUGUCUGAUAAGUACCUCCUGUCUAUGGUCAUAGCUUAUUUCAGCCGAGCCGGGCUCUUCUCCUGGCAGUAUAGGCCAAUCCACUUCUUCCUGGCUCUGAUCUGGGUGUCCCGGGAGGAGUGUGAAGAGAUCCAGGCUUACGACCCAGAGCUGUGGGUGUGGGCACGAGAUCGUACCAACCUCACCUAG